AUGAUAAAAACAUCAAAAAUUUUCAAAAGAUGUAUAUCUAUUGAAACUUCCUCCCAAUUAUCUAAACCAACUACAUCAUCAACUACCACAGAUCUCACUAAUAUAAAUAGUAAUGAAUUAAAAUCAUAUAAAACAUUGGAACAACCAGAAUUUGAAUUGUUAAAUAACAUAAUCAAAGUUAAUCAACCUCCUUCAAUGCCAAUAUAUAUUAAGCGAAAUUCAUUAAUAUCAAUAUUUGGCUUCAAAUCAAUAAAAUCUAAACCUUCAAUUUGGAAUUUCAAUUUUUAUCAAAAUUUAAUUUCAACAUCUCCUUUUUCAAUUUUAGUUGGAUGUAAUAAAAGUCAAUCAAUUAUGAACUUAACACUUGAUGGAAAGGUAGAUUGGGCAAUUCUACCUAAAAAGUCACUUCAAAUUUUCACUGGAAAUUCAUUAAUACUAAAUUUUUACAAAUUACCAAAAUAUAUAUCUAAAAAUUUAUCAAGAAGAUUAUUUAACCAAAAUUUGAAAUAUAAAACUGGAUUCGGUUUCGGUUCAUAUUUAUUUUUAAGUGGUAGGGGACAAGUUGGACUAACUGGAAUUGGAAACAUAUACAAUAUAAAUUUAAAUGAAGGUGAAGAACUUUUGAUCAACAAGAAUAAUGUAUUGGGUAUAACUGUCAAUGGUCCAUAUGAUUUACAAAAUUGUAUUGUGAAUUACAAAUUUCAAGGAAAUGACAUAAAAGUCAAAAUAAUUGAAAGACCUGUUUUAGGAAUACCUACUACUCAAAAUAAAAUCAUUUAUAGUUUAAAAUUGACAUGGUUCUACCUGCAAGUGUAUUUUGAAAAAAUAAGAAGACUCAGUAAAGGUUUUUAUGGUAUCUGUUAUGGGUUUUUCAUGGGCGAAACUGAUUUCGUUAAAGUUAUUGGUCCAAGAAAUUUGUUGAUUCAAUCGAGCAAAGAUAAGGGAUUCAAAGACACUAAAAGUUUUAAUAUUUUAGAUAAGAAACAUGAAAAAGAGACUAACGAAGCUUUAUAG